AUGGGUAAUGCAAGUGCAAAGGGUGUCGAAGUAAAAGCGGUUGAGGCUGCGGCUAAGCCUGAGGGUGAAAAGCCAAAGUUAAAGCCGUGCUGCGCCUGUCCGGAGACUAAAAGAGCUCGAGAUGCAUGCAUUAUUGAAAAUGGGGAAGAGAAUUGUGGACCACUGAUUGAAGAACACAAAGCCUGCAUGAGAAAGAUGGGUUUCAACAUCUAA